AUGGAUUUAUUAAAACUUCUUUUCUGGAAUUGCCGCGGUGCCGGCAAUAACAACUUCAAACGUAAUUUUGUGGAGAUCAUCCGUACUCAUAAACCUGAGAUCAUCAUCCUUAUGGAGACCAAAGUGCCUUUUAGCUCCAUGGGAAAUUUCUUUAACCGCCUAGGCUUCACAACCUCAACCUUUGUUGACCCUGUCGAUUUUGAGGAAUGGGUCCUUGCUGCCGUCUAUGCCAAUCCAAACCCUGUCCUGAGGGAGAAACUGUGGGAUGAUUUGGAAGGGGUGGCAGCAACCAUGUCUAAGCCUUGGUUGGUCGCUGGGGACUUCAACGACUAUGCGAAUCAGGGAGAACGUCAAAGCUUCACCUCACCCACAACCUCUGCAAGAACACAGAAGUUUUUAGAGAGGAUCAACAACUGUAACUUAAUUGAUUUGGGUAACACGGGGUCCAAAAUGACAUGGACUAACAAUCACCAAGGUUUGGCCAAUACUAUGGAGAGACUUGAUAGAGCCUUGAGUAAUCCUGAAUGGCGAACCAUGUUUCCAGAAGCAACAGUGAGGGUCCUUCCUCGCACCUACUCAGAUCACUCCCCUCUGUUAGUAUACACCCAAGGUAUGCAUAUUCUUAAUCCUACUUAG